AUGCCUUCCAGUCGGCCAGCCCUCGAUGCGCGCCGGUCAACGCUCCAUUAUACUACCUUCCCUACCAUUCCCCCCAAAUCCCGCGGUCGACCACCAUCUGACUCCCCGUCCGGCCAAGAUGGCAACCGUUCCGAAGAUGGCAGCCACAACCAUCACGAGUCGCCCCUGCCGACCAAGCAGCUCAUCGUACUAGCUGUCAUAGCUCUCGCCGAGCAAACAGCCCUCAACUCGAUAAGCCCAUAUCUACCCGAGAUGACAAAGUCGUUCCCUGAAGUCAAGGAUGGACAGACAGGUCUAUACGUCGGACUCAUCGCAUCCUCGUUUGCCUUGGCGCAGUUCACGACAAAUUUCUUUUGGGGUUGGCUAUCCGAUAAGAUCGGACGGAAGCCAGUCAUCAUCAUGGGCACUUUCUUGACCAUGUGCUGCUUCCUGGCUUUUGGUUUCUGCAGAGAACUCUGGCAGGCUAUACUCGUCCAGGCCUUGAUGGGCUUUGUCAACGGAAACAAUGGCGUUGUGUCGACAUGUUUGGGCGAGAUUACGGACCGAAGCAACCAGUCGCGCGCCUUUACCUACCUGCCCGUAAUCUACGGUAUCGGUGGCAUAACAGGGCCCAUCGUGGGAGGACUCUUGGUCCUGUACCAAAACCCCUUCAACAAAAGCCAGUCGAACCCAUACCCGUACCUUCUUCCGAACCUCUUCUCGGCCCUCGUCCUCGCUAUAGAUCUGAUAGUGUGCAUGCUCUUUCUAGAAGAGAGUUUGGAAGAAGCGAAGAACUUACCGCCUCUCGGAAAGAGAUUGGGUAACUUGUUCUCGUGGAUGUGGCAGUUCACAAGCUCGACACGACCGACCUACGUACGACGCCUCUUGGGCAACCACAAAAACCACAAUUCACAAGACGAUACACAAGAUGAUGUAGAUGAAGACGAUGCUUCUGAUGCCUCUGGAGAGUCUGCACCUACGCUCUUCCCACAUAGCAGCGGCGACGAGCUCACGCGGAAAGAGAUUCUGAAUCGGGAUACCGUCCUGCUUCUCAUCACAUAUUUCAUAUUCCAGCUCGCAAACAUAUCGUACAACUCUUUAUAUCCAAUCUUUGCGGAAGAGCAGCCACCUACUGGACGAGGCUUGAAGCCUGAAGCCGUCGGACUAUCCUUGUCAUUCGCUGGUGCUAUAACAAUACUAUUCCAGAUAGGUGUAUUUGGCAGGCUCAGAGGCAAGCUCGGCAACAAGAUGGCAUACAGAAUCAGCUUAGGAUUGUUCAUAGCAGCCUUCGGUCUCAUGCCAUGGGUAGGCUAUAAAGAGAGCAAGGGUUACAAGGGUAUCGGCUCGGGUGCUGGCUGGCUGUGGUUUGAGCUUGGCGUCGUGUUGGUAAUCAAGACGAUUGCAGGUGUCGGUGGUCUGACAGCUGCCCUCCUUAUGAUCACCAACUCUGCACCCAAUCACAAUGUGCUUGGUACGCUCAAUGGCCUCGCUCAGACGCUCUCUGCCGCUGGUCGUGCGGCUGGUCCAUUCCUAUCAGGCUCGCUUUUCACGGCUGCUACUAAGUUGAAACCCAAAGGCGAAGCUUUGCCUUUUGGCAUCUUCGCUGGUAUCGCACUCAUUGGAUUCCUUCUGAGCUUUGGAAUCCGCGGCGAGGGACUGGAAGCUGAAGGAUUCAGCGAUGACGAAGAGGAAGAGGAAGAUGAAGAAGAGGAGAUUGGUGAGGGUGUGAACGAGCGUACAGGACUCCUACGGAAGUAG